CAGAAGAUGGAGGUCCAUUUGCCUAGUUUGCCGUUGAUGAAAAUCCUCUCCUAUCUGGAUGCCUACAGUUUGCUACAGGUUGCCCAAGUGAACAAGAACUGGAAUGAACUUGCCAGCAGUGAUGUCCUGUGGAGGAAGUUGUGUCAGAAGAGAUGGCACUACUGUGACUCGGAUACCCUACAGCUCCUGGGCACAGAGACAUGGAAGCAGUUCUUCGUUUUCCGAACAUGGCAAGAACACGCCAAAUCCCGGGCAAAGCCAGAAGAUUUCACUUACAAGGAAAUUCCUGCGGGUUAUGGAUUUCGGGCAAAUGCAUAUUAUAUCUCAGGGUGUGGCUUAACAAGAAACGUACAAGGCAGGUCGGUCAUCUGUAUGGUGAGUUCCAUGACCAAGUUGUCCACCUGGGAUAUUCGUGAGGGAGUUAUGACCUGGGUAAGCACAGAACAGCCAGCCUCUAUCCAGCUGUUGACUACUCUCCCUGAGAUGCACAUUGCGGUCACUGUAGAUGCACACUCAACUAUCAAACUGUGGGACUGUAACAGCAGUGAUGCUCUGGCGACUAACAGCCUGUCCUCCUCCUGUCAAUUACUGAAAGCUGUGUUUUCAAAGGAUGGCCCAAUUGUCUUGGUAGGUGACAUCUCGGGGAACCUCUACAUCCUUAGGAUUCCUGACUUACACCUCAUUUCCAAGGUGAAUGUAUCCCCAUACAGUAUUGAUGAACUCCACUGCUCUCCUCAGAAUAAAUGGGUCUUUCUGAUAGGGAAAUACCCACAUGUCUUGACAAAGGUGUUUUACAUGAGCAGCCUACUGAGGACAUCAGAAUUCUCUGACCCAGUGUCUACCAUUCUCGAAUUUUCCUUAUACAAAAGAGCCUUCUGGACCCCAAGAAGGGAAGACAGGAUAACCUUGAUGUCCGGAAAUGUACCCCCAAACCCCACAAAAUUUGGCAUAUUUGAUAUGAAGCUGGAAGAGAUCGGGAACAAAGUUACUGUUCAAGAAUAUUUGGUCGCAAGCUUCUCUUUGCAAGAUUAUGAGGCAAGUCCAGAAUGGAUGGGAGUCAGUGAUAAGGACGUGAUUGUUUGUUCAACUGGAUCCUCGCUCUUGCUCUUCAACAUACAUGGUCUCCGUCUGCAGACAUUUCACUACUGCCCAGAAGAGAUAUUGACACUAUGGGUGGACCCCCUUCAUGUCAUCAUCACCUGUAACAAUGGCUCUAUGGAUGUGUACGCAUGGGAGGAGAGAAGCCUGCUGCUCAGGAAGUGUUAUCGGCUGCAAAGCAGGAGACAGCUGUCACGGAGAAACUUCAUUUUCAAAAUCCUAUGUGACGAUGUGAGCAUAAUUGGAGUGAUGAAAAAUAGUCCCGCCCCCUGCUCUCUUAUGGCAUAUUCCUUGACAUCUGCUCUUGAAAACUGA